UUGGUCUGUGGACCACUGUCCCGUCCACUGGCCCUCACCCCUGCUUGCUUUCCCUCGUUCUGGAUUUGCUUGUUUUAACAUUUUUUUUAACACCUCAUAUUGAUCCAUUGUUGGAUUCCUGGAGACUUGGUUGUGAGCUGGUCCAGGCGUAAAGUGUGUGACGUUGAAACGACGUUGCGGAGCGGCCCUUCAGGAUGUCAGGAUCAGUGCAAGUGUCCCAGAAGGAGCAGCAGCAGCAGCAUCACAAAGAGCAGCAUCACAAGGAGCUUCACCAUCAUCAUCAUCAUCAUCACCAUCAUCAUGGACAGCAGCAUCAGCAGCAUCGCUAUGAGAGCAGGAGUCACUUGAGCACCAAGUCCUCCGUCAGCAAGCAAUCCUUCUCCACUUACAAGACGACCACUCGUCGCGUGAAGACCUCCGUGAAGACCGAGAAGACGGGUCUGGAGCAGGUAGUGAAGUCGCUGAGUCCGCUACCCAAACGAGCCAAGCGCACCUACCUGGCCACCGACUUGGACAAGGAGGUCAUAGGCUAUGUGAUUCCGAUUUUCAGAGCCAACCAUGAAGAGGUGCGCGAACUGAUGGAGGCCCGCGAGGACGACGUGACCGAGGAGGGCAUCAACUUCGUGGCCAUGAGGAACCUGUUUGUUCGUGAGGCCAGAGAGGCGAUGGAGGUCAAGGUGGAGAAGAAGACCCGAACCACACGCAUCCGAGAGUCCACUCAGCGCAUGGAGCUGAACAGGACUUUGGACGAAUGGACAGAGUUCCGCAAGAAAAUGAACCCGGAUAGCCUGAUGCACCCCCCAGAGAUGACCACCAAGCCCCGUGGUCAUACCGUGUGGGAGGGCCAGACCAUCAGGCUGCACUGCACAGUGGCUGGGUGGCCCAGACCUAGGAUUGCCUGGUACAAAAACAAUGUGCUGAUCGACGCCAAGGCACGCUCCGAGAAGUACACCGUGGAGAGCAAUUACAACAUGCACUACCUGGAGAUCAAGAACUGCGACUUCCUCGACACGGCCGCGUAUCGUGUGUCUGCGCUCAACGUAAAAGGCGAAAUGUCCUGCGUGGCCACCGUGGUCGUCAAACGCUUCCAGGAUGAGGAAAGAGAUCUGAUUGUGACCAAACCUCGGGGCUUCUGCUCCGAGCACGGCGUCACGUUCGAGACCACCAUCCUGGACAAAUUCGACGUGGCCUUCGGUCGCGAGGGCGAGACGCUGAGCCUGGGCUGCACCGUUAUCGUGUAUCCCACCGUCAAGAACUACAAGCCUGAGGUGGUGUGGUACAGAAACGGUGUCCCCUUGAAGAAAUCGCAAUGGGUGCACACCCAGUGGGCCGGACAGCGCGCCACCCUCACUCUGGUCCACCUCAACAAGGAAGAUGAGGGCGUGUACACCAUGCGUGUCAUCACCAAGUCGGGCUAUGACACCUACUCUGCCUAUGUGUUUGUCAGAGAUGCCGACGUGGAGUUGGAGGGGGUCCCUGUAGCCCCCCUGGAUGUGCGCUGCCACGAUGUCAAUAAAGACUACGUGGUGGUGACCUGGAAGCAGCCCGCCGUCGAGGGCAGCAGCCCCAUCCUGGGCUACUACAUCGACAGGUGUGAGGUGGGAACGCACCACUGGGCGCAGUGUAACGACACCCCGGUCAAGUACGCCCGCUUCCCAGUCACGGGCCUGGCGGAGGGCCGCUCCUACGUGUUCAGGGUGACGGCCCUGAACAAGGCGGGGGUGAGCCGCGCGUCGCGCAUCUCCGACGUUGUGGUCGCCAUGGAUCCCUUCGACAGGGCUCGCCUCCUUGGACCUUCUGCCCCCUGGACCGGCAUGAUCAAGUUCACAGAGGAGGAUCACACUGCUGGAGUGGUCCCUGGAGAACCCACUGACGUCGUGGUUACCGAGGCGACCAAGAGCUACGUGGUGCUCGCCUGGAAGCCCCCCGUUCAAAGGGGUCACGAAGGAGUGAUGUAUUACAUUGAGAAGUGCAUUUCAGGCUCAGACACGUGGCAGAGGGUGAACACGAGCAUGCCCGUCAAGUCUCCUCGCUUCGCCAUGUUCGAUCUGGCCGAAGGUAAGUCGUACAGCUUCCGCGUGCGCUGCUGCAACUCUGCAGGCGUGGGCGAGGCCUCCGAAGCCACCGGCGAGAUCACCGUGGGCGACGUGCUCGACCAGCCUUCAUCUCCUGGCAAACCCGUGGCCACCAGGAACAGCAGCACCUCCGUGGUGGUCUCCUGGGGGGCCUCCAAGGACAUCAAGAACCUGGUGGACUACUACAUCGAAUACUGCGUGGUGGGCACAGACGUCUGGAUCCCGUGCAACAACAAGCCCGUCGAGCAGACCAGGUUUGUUUGUCACGGCCUCACCAGCGAGACGACGUGCGUGUUCCGAGUGAAGGCGGUCAACGCCGCCGGCUACAGCCUGAGCUCCACCGCUUCCGAGCCAGAGCUGGUGCGGGCGGCCAUUUCCGUCCCUGCCAUGCCGGCCGACGUGAGCCUGCUGGAGGCUCACAGGGACACCAUGGUGAUCGGCUGGAGCGAGCCGGCCAACACCGGAGGAGCUGACAUCAGAGGAUACUUUGUGGACUACAGGACCGUGAAGGGACACGUGGUCAACAAGUGGCACGAGCUCAACCUCCAAGCCUUGACCGCCACCUCCUAUAAGGUGGAGAACUUGAAGGAGAAUGUAGUUUACCAGUUCCAGGUGCGUGCCGUGAACAUGGCAGGUGUGAGCAAUGGCUCGGUGCCCAGUGCAGCUCUGGAGUGCAAAGAGUGGACCCUUACUGUGCCAGGCCCUCCUGUCGGUCUACACGUUCUGGAGGUCAGGGACUCCUCCGUUGUGGUCCUGUGGGAGCCGCCUUCAUUCGACGGCCGCUCUCCUGUCAACGGCUACUAUUUGGACGUCAAGGAGGCGUCCGGCGGGGAGGAAAGCUGGACGGCCGUCCACGAGAAGGCCAACAAGUCCACGUUUAUGAAAGUGAGCGGGCUACAGGCUGCUACAUCCUACGUCUUCCGCGUGCGUGCCCAAAACCUCGCAGGCGUUGGGAAGCCCUCUGCAGUCUUGGGUCCAAUCCUAGCAGAGAGUCGGCCCGGCACCAAGGAGAUCUACGUGGACGUGGACGAUGACGGCGUGAUCUCCAUGGUCUUCGAGUGCUCUGAGAUGGGUGAGGGCUGCGAGUUUGUUUGGUCCAAGAACUACGAGGCCAUGACAGACACCUCCAGACUGACUAUCAUCAACGAGAAGGGCAGGUCCAGCGCUAUCUUUAACAACCCCUCCCUGGAGGAUCUGGGCAUUUUCUCCUGCGUAGUCACCAACAUGGAAGGCAUCUCGUCCAGCUACGAACUCACCGAGGAAGGUCUGAUGCGUCUGUUGGACAUCAGCCACGACCACAAGUUCCCCGUUAUUCCCUUCAAGAACGAUAUGGCCAUGGAAUUGCAAGAGAAGGGCCGCGUGCGCUUCUGGACUCAGGUGGAGAAGUUCAGCAAGGACUGUCAAGUGGAGUACGUUUGUAACAAUGUCAUCAUUCACCAAGGGGAGAAAUACGCCAUCAACUUUGACAAGACAACCGGGAUCAUCGAAAUGUUCAUGGACUCCCUGGAAGUCACCGACGAGGGCACGUUCACCUUCAAUUUGGUGGAUGGCAAAGCAAAGGGCGCCACCAGCCUGGUGCUCAUCGGAGAAGAGUUCAGGGAGCUGCAGAAGAAGUCUCAGUUUGAGAGAGCCGAAUGGAUCAGGAAACAAGGUCCUCACUUUAUCAAGUACCUGGACUUCACUGUCACGGCCCAGUGUGACGUGCUGCUGCAAUGCACGGUAGGAAACAUGAAGGCGGAGACGGAGAUCAUCUGGUACAAGGACAGCAUCUCGAUCAGCGAGCGCGACGAAGCCGCCAAGAACCUGGAGAAGAAGGACGACGUGCUGACCUUUAAUAUCGGAAAGUGGGUUAUUAAGCAAGACGUGCAGGCACAAAGUGAAGAGACAUAUCUGCCUGCUGAGGAUGGUUCGCCGCCGCUGCCGCCAAGACCCAAAAUUUCCAAGAAUGACGUGGGCAUCUACGAGGUGUACCUGAGGGACGAGAGAGGCCAAGACAAGAGCAGGUUCGAUAUGACUAAUGAAGGCUACCAAGCUGUAAUGAACGAGCUGUUCAGGGUGAUUGCCAACUCCUCCUCUCAAAUUGAAGUCAUCAGCACGGAACACGGCAUCAUCCUCUCCUCCAACGUCACGUACUACCACGAAGACGAGCGCGUCACCUGGCUGCACAAGGACGCCAAGAUCGCCGCUUCAGAGCGUGUGAAGGCGGGAGUGACGGGCGAGCAGCUGUGGCUUAAGAUCAACGAGCCCACCGAGAAGGACAAGGGCAGAUACACCAUCGACCUGUUCGACGGCAAAGACGGCGUCAAGCGUGCGUUUGAGCUGUCUGGGCAAGCAUGGGAGGAGGCAUUUGAGGAAUUCCAGAGGCUCAAGGCGGCAGCCUUCGCAGAGAGAAAUCGCGCUCGUGUCAUUGGAGGCCUGCCAGACGUGGUUGCAAUCCAAGAGGGCAAGUCUCUUAACCUGACCGGCAACGUGUGGGGCGAGCCCACGCCUGAGGUGAGCUGGACGAAGAACGAGCGGGAGCUGGUGACCGACGAGCGCUACGUGCUCAGGUUCGAGCACGGCAAGUACGCCAGCAUCGCCAUUGCCGCCGUCACCCGCGCCGACUCGGGCAAGUACGCGCUGGUGGUGCGCAACAAGUAUGGCACGGAGGCCGGCCAGUUCACGGUCAGCGUGUACAACCCGGAAGAGGAUAAAAAGGACGAGGAGGAGAAGUAGGACUGAGGGUGGAAAGUGGUAGAGCAAAUAAUUGGGUGAUUGACGCUAAAGCUAAGGCAAGCAAUGCAGUGUUUUAGCAUGUUGGUAUUCUAAGUAACCUUUGAAAACAGGUUGAUAUUGUAAAGAGAGAAACAAAAUAAAGGAACUACUC